CUUCAGUGACACCACAAGCGGCUGCUAGUGCUGCCGCUACACAGUAACUUGCAAUAAUAGUUCUUUUGGCUACAGUUGGUCUUGGGCGAUUAUUUUAGUUUUGUUCUUCGACAGGAUUUGGUGUGUUUUCAAAUCCAUGCCCGAGACACAAGUGAUUUGGCAUGCGGCCCCCUGUUUGCGGAUGUUCGCRUCGAGCCACAAGGACUAAUACUAUUAUUAUUUGAAACCGUCCUCAUCGCAGGGACGAUGGCAGCGGAUGGCAUGUGCACGGAAGCUCGUUUUAUCGCUGCCUCCUUCCGUUUAGCCUGUUCGAAUUGUUAUGCCGAUGACCGUCCCUUGAAAACAUGUUCCCGUUGUCAUCGUGCGUCCUAUUGCAGUGUGGCGUGUCAAAAGGAGCAUUGGUCGAUGCACAAAGAGCACUGUCGACGGUUUACCCUCAUGAUGGAUCUUUUAAAGGGGAYGAACGAACCCAUGCGUUGUGGAUUAGAUAGAACCGCCAUGGUACGCACAGCCAUGUUGUCGACCGGCCCUAACGCCGAUGAGGGCCUCUUUCGAUUGUUUUUGUAUGGCCCCACCUGUGCCGUGUGCUAUAAAAAUCCCUUUSAUUUUGGACAAACGAAUGUCAAGGAUUGGAAACGGUGUACGACCUGUCAGUUUGGAUGGUGUUGUUCUCAAGCCCAUUGGGAAACCUAUCGGCCUCGGCAUACGGAGGAGGUGUGURAACGGUACCAAAAUUGCAUUGCCGAUGAAAAAUUUUUGUUUGAACAUUGGAAAAGGGACAAGGAACCAUUUGCGUAUUGCCCCCUUGAUGUACAUCCGUCCCUACAGAAAUCCUUCCCGACGUCUUGGGAUGCAUAUUUUCGAUGGCGCGAACAUAGAUUGUAUGUGAAAAACAGGCAUCGAUUACCCAUCAACUUUUUUCGAUGCGCCACCGAUUAUUUGAGCCAAAUUUGUACCGUCUUGUACGGCAUGGACCGGAUCCUCUCCUUUCCACAGGUUCGAACCUACAGCACCCUUCAUUUGCAUGURAUUGGGGCCUCCGGCUAUGAAUUUCCAGCCUCGUGUUUUUGGGAAGAAAUCAUGCAUAUUUUCCCCAAUCUGCAGGAAUUUCAAGUGACCUUCAUUGGACCCGACAUUCGAGUUGAAGGCRAUCUCGCCGGCUGCAGUAACCUGGAGACCUGUCCCGAUUGUGAAGCCAAGGGUCGAAUGCGUAAGCAAGCCUUCUUUAGUGGUUUGUAUCACGAAUACCACACGUCUUCCCAUUUCAAGCCUCCCGAUGUCUGCGUGGCCUUCAACACGGGGAUGCAUGAAGAAUAUACCCAAAGUUGGGAAACGACGUUGCACGUGUUACUGGAGAUGAAUGUCCCUUGUAUCUUUACCUCCUUUGAUGCCAACGAAGCCCAAAAGGAUUGCGAUCUCCUGUUGAACCUUCAGGCUAAGAUGAUCGACGAGCCCCACUACAACCCAUUUAGUUCCCAAUACCUCCAGCUGGAUAUGGUAGAAACGGACAAAUUUUAUCAAAAGAACAUGCAUGUCCUUUUGUUCCAGGGUCGACAGUCCUUGUAAGGGAUGAUCCACACUCUAUCACCCAUGGGCGAGACGAUCAUUAAACAAACCAACACCACACAUGUAUUUUGCGUACGGUUUGUCCGUUGCCCCGUCUUUGSAUUGCACCACCAGGAUCGCGUCGACCUCAUCCAUCUCCGCACAGGGCUCCCAACAAUUCUUUGUGGCGCGCGCCCAUGUGCACACUCCAUCCAUUGUGGGACUUCAGCAUGCACAGUUGAAGUUGACCGGUGUUUCAGCAAGGGACUGGAGUUGUGGUGGACGAGAWAGGACUGUAGAUAAUGAAGCCUUCGUUUCUAAAACGAUUGUGUAGCAUUUUUCACUUUCCCUUUGCUCAGCUCGUUGCUUUUCUAUCUCGCGCGGUCCAUUAUGUUUUCUAAUAAGAAUUUUUUGACAUUUCAAAAUAUUCAUAGCAACGGUCGACCCCAUAAUAAUGAUGGACUCGGMGCUGUUCCACCGCSUUUUGGCCUUACCCACCUGGACUCGAUCCUCCUCUUUGGACCACUCAACCAUUAAACUCAUAUAGCAGGAGGAUCUCGUAGCCUGGUGGCAUCACAUCUUUUUCAUUCCAUCCGUCGCCCAUCCAAGCCACCCUCUGGUAGGCCUAUUGGACUCGAUUGCGACAGGAAUAGAAUUGGGAUCUCAUU